AUGAGGUUCUUAUGUCUUCAUGGUGCCAUUGGCAACACCGACAAUAUCAAUAUCCAGUUUGAUCCCCUAGUGAAGCAGAUGGCCAUGGACGGGUUCGCUUCGUUCCACUAUAUCAACGGUCCUGUUCCUGUAUCUCCACCGGCAGGGUUCACGGAAUAUUUCGGUAUUGGGCCGCAUUACAGGUGGUUCGAGGAUGGAGGAGUAGCAGAGGAGUCGAUGAUAUCUCGUGUUCGAAAAUCUCCCCAUGGCUCCUGCCCUGAGGAUAUGGUGAGAGCGUUGGGCAAAGACUGGGACGGGCACUGGAACAACCACCAUCAAGUCAUGGAAUACCUAUAUGAUACGCUGGAGAAGAACCCCGAUAUCGAAGGCAUCGUCGGAUAUAGUGAGGGUGCUACGAUAGCUGCGAGUCUAAUACUGGAUGAGGAUAGAAAGGCUCAGGAGACUGGCCGUCCUCGUCAAAUCAAAUGCGCGGUUUUCUUCACCGGUUGGCCUCCUCUCUCCCCCGAGGAGGACGUGGUCCUAGCAGAUGAGAGCGAUUAUACUCUGGACAUUCCAACGCUUCAUGUGGUUGGUGCAGACGACCCCUACCGAUACGGUGCGCUAGCGUUGUUCAACAUUUGUGACCCUGAUACUGCAGCAAUGUUCGACACUGGACGGGGCCACACUAUUCCUCGGUCCGGCCCGGUCAUCACGGAGUUGGUGAAUGCCGUGCGAGACUUAAUCGAUAGAGCGUAUCAAGUGUAG